AUGCCUGCGGGGCCAGGCCUCCCGACAGACCUCGCUUUGUCGCUUGUCUGGCCGCCGGCCCGCGGGAAAACGAGCCCGCCUGAAGACAGGCAUCCUCCACUGCAACAGGAAGCUGUUCCAGGGCCGCGGCCUCCGCUUCGCUCUAGGUCAGGAGCAGCGGCCUCGGAGCUUCACACGACGGUCACUGGGACGCUGGCGCCCGGAUGUGCCAGAGCCAGGGCUUCAGGCACUGCGUCCGCUCCGCAGCUCGCUGGGCUCGGCGCGCACGCACCAAGGAGUGAGCGUGGCCCCUGCGGGCCGGGGCGUUUCAGCCCCAAUCAGGCCCGGCCCUGGUGGAGGACUUUGCGCUUCCCAUCCCGCGUGAUUACUGUGUGGAUCAGCUGGGCGGACGUGGGGAACACUAGGUCACCUCACGAAGGCCAUGCCUUAGCAGCCACUGAAGGAGGUGGAAGCGCAGGCCCAGUGGGAGCACAGGCCUCGCGACGGGGUUCCAGUGCCGCCGCAAGUCUUUGGCAGACAACCCGACAAGCGACUGAAUGUCCCGCUCUAAGUCUCCAGGCUUCUCCAGUCAGGAAGGCUGUAAAACAAGAAAGGAGAAGCACGGAAUCCGUUAGCAGAGCCUGCUCUGGGGAAAAGCGGCGCGGCUACGCGCGGAGAGCGGCUCUCAGCAGUCCCGGCAGGUGCGCGGACAGCGGAGGGGGCCCGGCGGUCCACCCGGAGGACCGCCUCGGCUCCGCUCGGGCCACCGUCCCCCUCUCCAAGAAACUUUUCUUUCACUCAGAGAGGCUCCGUGUUGCCAUGAAAACGGAUUUUCCAAGGGGCCCGACCCUCCCCCUCAGGGGCAUCGGACUGGAAAAACCGAAAUGGCCAGAGAGCAGAGACAAAAAGGGGCCGCUAAGCGGGGGCCGGGAGCGAGAGAGCGGAGACCGGUUCACCCCCUGCGUCCCACACAUACUACCGCUCCACCGCGUGCAAGAGCCUCCGCUAGGCUUGGGCGGCGGGCGGCUGACCGCUCGCCCUCCCGUCAACCCCGGGAGAUCCUCACUGCCCGGUGUACUCGGCACCUGUCAAUCACGGGGCCUACGGGUGGAGAGGGGCGGACCAAACCCCAACCCCCCGGGGAAUCCGAGCAGGUAUAUAAAGGGGCCCGGCGAACACCCGACCAGGCUGCGAAUACUACCAGCUCAAGACAACGCAUCAGGUGCGUGUAGCCUGCGGGUUCCCGCUGACUUGGCGCGGAACGCUUAGGCAAGCCUGUCCUUCCCGCUGGCCCUCCGGCCCCCAAGCGUCCCUCCGACGGAGUCCCCAGGCCUUUUCACCGUGGCCGCUCCAGCCCCUGGAGCGCCUUCUCCUCCCGCCACGCUGGCGCACCUUCUUCCCGCCCCGGCAAUGUACAGCCUGCUGGAGACUGAGCUCAAGAACCCGGUGGGGCCACCCACCCCAGCAGCAGGCACUGGCGGCCCUGCAGCCUCCGGCGGCGCAGGCAAGAAUAGCGCGAACGCAGGCGGCGGCGCGAACGCAGGCGGCGGUAGCAGCAGUGGCGCAAGCGGUGGUGGCGGGGGCAGCGACCAGGACCGCGUGAAGCGGCCCAUGAACGCCUUCAUGGUAUGGUCCCGCGGGCAGCGGCGCAAGAUGGCCCUGGAGAACCCCAAGAUGCACAACUCUGAGAUCAGCAAACGCUUGGGCGCCGACUGGAAACUGCUGACCGACGCCGAGAAGCGACCGUUCAUCGACGAGGCCAAGCGACUGCGCGCCGUGCACAUGAAGGAGUACCCGGACUACAAGUACCGGCCACGCCGCAAGACCAAGACGCUGCUCAAGAAGGACAAGCAGCCCGCCACCGCCGCCGCAGCUGCCGCCGCAGCGGCCGCCAUGAGCCUGGGCCCCAUGGGCUCGGUGGUGAAGUCGGAGCCCAGCUCGCCUCCGCCCGCCAUCGCGUCGCACUCGCAGCGUGCGUGCCUCGGAGACCUGCGCGACAUGAUCAGCAUGUACCUGCCUCCCGGCGGGGACGCAGCCGACGCCGCUUCUCCGCUGCCCGGUGGUCGCCUGCACGGCGUACACCAGCAUUACCAGGGCGCCGGGACUGCGGUCAACGGAACGGUGCCGCUGACCCACAUCUGAGCUCGGGUCGGCGCUCGUCGCCCUUCGCCCCCACCCCGCCCUGCACCCCCAAGUUGGGACGCCUUGUUGUUUAGCUUUGCUUGCCUGGGACUGUUGCCUUGUACCGAAGAUGGGGAGGACUUAAAAGUUUUGCUGUAGCUGUCGGGUUUUGUACAAAAGCAAAAAGUCAGGAGCAGCGGAAAUGGGACUUUCUAGAGCUGCCUGCCCCUCCCUCCCCCUUUGUAGGCUGGGAAUCGCUGUAAUGUUUGCAAAGAAAAAGCAGCCCCCUCCUCCCCGGGUUCUUCUGUUGCAUUUGAAAAUGUUGUCUCGUUAGUUUGCUAUUAAUCGAGAAAUGAGUGAAUGGGAGAAACGCUCUCGGGUGAGGCUGGCCUGAGAAAUGCAACGCCCCCGCCCCCAGUCGCGUUGCAUCUGUUUUCCUCGUGGGUUUUUUGGGGGCUGACCGCGCCGAGGGGCGCGGCAGCUAAAGCCAAUGUUAAUUUAUAGCCAGGUGUGCGUGUGUCUCCCGCCUCGCUGCCCCUGGCCGGGGGACAGCUUCGUCCAGCCCGCAUUUAGGCUGUUGAGUUGGUGAUUUCUGCCGUGAACUGUUUGCUAUUUCGUCACGCUACUGUGUUCGGAUUUCGUUUGGGCGGUGGGGAAGGGGCUAUUUUGUUUUCAGGUUUUUCAAGAUUUUACUUUUAAUUCCUAAAUGAGAGUACAAUAAAUUUUAUAACCAAGA